CUUUAACCAAAGUGGGGUUUUUUUGUGUUGCUGCUGGUGUUGGAGGAGUGGCUUUAUAUGACAAACUAUCACAUCCCGGCGCUGCUCGCCGACCUGCAGGACCUGAUCAUGGGGAGCACUCUGGUGAAAUGUGCCGUCACAGACCUGGGCAUCCAGUGGGCCGGCUGGGCUCUGGCUGCUGCCUUCAAAACCGAGAAGUUUUAUGACCUGGCAGGAUCUGGCACAUUUAUUCUGCUCGCCCACCUGAGUCGUAUCUGGGGAGGAGCAAGUCAUGUCCGUCAGACGGUGCAGACAGGGUGUGUGACAGCGUGGGGGCUCAGGCUGGGAACAUUCCUCUUCAUGCGGAUCUUGAAGGACGGUCAUGAUCGCCGGUUCAACAAAGUCAGAGACAGCCCAGGGACUUUCUUUGUGUACUGGACCAUUCAAGCAUUGUGGGUAUUUAUGACCCUCCUGCCCACCCUCAUGCUGAACAGCGAGAAGCGGGACGUGCCUCUGGGAACGAGGGACUACGUCGGCUGGACGAUCUGGGGCCUCGGCUUUGCUACCGAAGCGAUUGCCGAUCAGCAGAAAUGGCUUUUCAAGCGUGACCCAGAUAACGCUGGGAAGUUCAUCCAGAGUGGACUCUGGGGCUACAGCAGACACCCAAAUUAUUUCGGGGAGAUCCUGCAGUGGUCGGGUCUCUGGCUCUCGGCCUCCUCGGUGAUGCAGGGUUCUCAGUACCUGAGCGCGGCGUCGCCUCUCUUCGUCUGGUUCCUGCUGCGAUAUGUCAGCGGCAUUCCCAUCCUGGAGAAGCAGGCGAUGAAGAAGUGGGGAUCCGACCCGGACUUCCAGGACUACAUCAGGAAGACUCCUCUGCUCUGGCCAUGGCCCAAAUUUUGAUUUUUUUUCUACUUGUUGUAAUGAUUGAAUAUUUAAUCAACUGUUGAAUCAAUAAACGCCUCAAAAAAGAUGUUUGUAACUCU